AUGUCACUGAGGAUGCUCUUAAGCUCCGAUUGUUCCCUUCUCUUUGAGUGGACACGCACUAGCUUGGGAGUCUUCAAUCCAACCUGGAACCGUGACAACUUGGGAACAAUGCAAGCAUGCCUUUCUUGCGAAGUUUUUCCCCACGUCAAGAACGCUCAGCUAAGGAACAACAUUGCGAGUUUCACAACAACUCACGGUGAAACAUUCUCAGAGGCAUAUGAGCGAUUCAAGGGAUAUCAAAUGAAGUGUCCUCAUCACGGCUUCUCCAAAGAGAACUUACUAAGCACAUUGUACAGAGGAGUCUCCCCUAAGUACAAGAUGCAUUUGGAUUCAGCUAGUAAGGGUCAUUUUAUGGGAAUGGAUGUAGAUGAGGCUCGCUUUGGUGGAGAAUGUUGCUCUUAG